ACUACUAUUUCUAGAGCAAGAGGACACUUUCGCAUUAAAAAAAAUCAACUGCCUACGGAAUGUAAUUCCAUUUUUUUUUUCAUUCUCAAAUGAAUUAAAAAUAUCUCAAUUAGAAUCAAUUUUCCAACAAUUGCAUCUUUUUGUUGUCUGGCGUGAAUAUAAAAAAAGUGCGCGUCUUUAUAUCAGCAGUGCCAUAAUAUUACCUGUUGGAAAUUUAUUUCUCCAAAUACAAAUCAAAUGAGAAAAACUCGAUCCCAGACUCAGGCGGAAAAUGGCCCUUCCGCUUCAACCCGAAGUGCUCGUUCUGCUGCCACUGGAACGAAGACAUCCUCCUCGUCGUCUGGCAGUUCUAAAGACCAUGAUAAAACCGACAAUGCUUUUGCAGCAUCUAAUUCAACUACAACAAAUAAUCAAAGUAGUCGGCAACCGCCAGAACAACUUGAUUCAGCUAAGCUAAAGGAGUUCCAGGAUAUGAUCCAGAUCUUUCGAGUUGUCGAUCUACAUAAAGUUCUACAAUUUCUAAAUCAAUCAGUAGCUGGCAGAAAACACGAACUCCAACAGAGAGUACUUGACUUAUUAAAAGGAAAUUUUGAAUUAGUUUCAGCAAAACUUCGCGAAAUCUACAGAACUGAUUAUUAUUCUGAUAGAAACACUCAAUACGGACCACCAGAUCCUAAAAGAAUGUUUUCACACAUGCAGAUGCCAACUGUUCAAUCAACGGCAGACGUUCGCUCUGCCAUGGUCAGUGUUGGCAAUGUAGGUGGUCCCGGUGUUAAUACAAACCCUGGCAACGGUGGUGCUGGCGCAGUUCCUGGUACUAUGGGUGUUCCAUUUCAACAUGCAAUUGCAUCAAUGCCCAUACAUCCGGAUGUACGUCUUAAAAAGCUGGCAUUCUACGAUGUACUUGCUACCCUCAUCAAACCAUCGUCACUAUUGCCGCGAACAAAUCAACGCAUCCAAGAAUUGCCAUUCUAUUUUACAUUAACACCACAGCAAGCCACAGAAAUUGCAACAAACCGUGACAUUCGUAAUGGUUCAAAAGUGGAACAUUCCAUUCAAGUUCAAUUGAGGUUCUGUUUGUUAGAAACUUCAUGCGAGCAAGAAGAUUGUUUCCCUUCGAAUGUUAUUGUCAAAGUUAAUAAUAAACUUUGUCCCUUACCUAAUCCAAUUCCAACAAAUAGGCCAAAUGUAGAGCCAAAGAGACCACCUCGUCCGGUCAAUGUUACAUCAAAUGUUAAAUUAUCGCCCACCGUUACAAACACAGUUACUGUCCAAUGGUGUCCGGAUUUUUCACGAGGCUAUUGCAUUGCUGCUUAUUUAGUAAAGAAACUAACAUCGUCACAGUUGUUGCAUCGUAUGAAGACCAAAGGUAUCAAACCUGCUGAUUAUACCAGAGGGCUGAUUAAAGAAAAACUAACAGAAGAUGCUGAUUGCGAAAUAGCCACAACAAUGUUAAAAGUUUCAUUAAAUUGUCCGCUGGGUAAAAUGAAAAUGUCCAUACCAUGUCGUGCAUCGACUUGUUCACAUUUGCAAUGUUUCGAUGCUAAUUUAUAUUUGCAAAUGAAUGAACGUAAGCCAACAUGGAAUUGUCCGGUUUGUGAUAAGGCGGCAAUUUAUGAUCAUUUGGUUAUUGAUGGUUACUUCCAAGAAGUUCUUGCCUCAUCAUUAUUAGGUUCAGAGGAUACAGAAAUUCAACUACACAAAGAUGGAUCAUGGAGCACACAUAAUUUAAGAAAUGAAACACAAUUGGUUGAUACGCCAUCUAAGCCUGUUGAGAAAGUCGAGCUUAUCUCCGAUGAUAUUGAAUUAAUCACAGAUGACGUCAAACCAUUAGCAGCAAAAUCAGCACCUCCACCACCAGUGAUUUCCAACGAACCAACAUCAACUACCAACAGUGAAACCGUGGAUCUUACAUUAAGUGAUUCAGAUGAUGAUAUGCCAUUGGCUAAAAGAAAGACAGCUACAUCUAAAAAUGCAGCCGCUUCAGCUGCCGCCGUAUCUACAAGUAAUGGACAGAGGUCAGCAACGGCACAAUCCAAAGGCGUAUUCGAAAUGUCAAUGAGUGUUGCUGAAAAAUAUUGUUUGCGUGUACAGGCAGCAAAAGAUGCUAGAGAGGAAAAACAUGAAUUACGAAGGAAAAAACGUAUGGCAAUAGAGGAACGCCUUCGAAAGAUAAGAGAACAAGGACGAAAAUUAAGAACACAAGCGAAUAAAAAUCCAAUAUCUUCAAGAGCCUUAAUGACUCCUGAUGUAGAUUUUUCGAAAUCACCAACUCAAUCAGAAAACGAUUCUGAUGAUUAUGUGGAUCCUUUAAGUUCAAAUUCUAAUGAUGAUCAAUCUAAUCAAUCAAAUAAUGAAUCUGCUCCUCUUUCUGAUCCUGUUGAAAAAGUUGCAAAUUCUACUGAGGAAAGAAGAUAUCCAAUGGUAAUCAGAUUAAUGGAACGAAUUCGGCAACAUAGAGAAAAGCAGAAGAAACUAAAAACAAUGUCAUCAUCUUUACGGAAUUCAAUUGAGCAAAUUGGUCCUUCUGACAAUGUCGAUAGUUCAAAACCAAUGGAAGUCGAGACGUCUGAACAAAAUUCUAACCAAUCUGGUAAUUCAUCUUCAACUACUAUCGAAAUGGAACAAGAACUUCUCGAACCUGUAUCUUCACUUCACAGCAAUAUGGAAGUUGAGAGGCAAGAAGAAAAUUCUUCCAAACCUGGUAAACUAGACAACGAGAGAUGUCAGAAUCUUAAAUUAAGGAAGAAACCACCACAUCCAAGUGCUGAAGCUCAAAAACAAGAAGUUGCAAUGAAUUCAUCAUCUUUGGACAGUACAGAUAAGGACAAAAAGGAUCAACUUAAGUCAAAUUCUCACGUGGAGCAGGCUAGUGAGGAUAUGCAAGUUGAGAUGUUAGAAAAAAAUUCCUUUGACAACGAAUGCUUAUCGAAGGGAAUGUCAUUAAGGAAUGUACACAGUUCAACUUUUUCUUCUAGAGAUUUAGAAGAGGAAAGUCUUGAACAAAAUUCUCCUCAUGAUGAACUUGUGGAGUCGACUAAACACAAAAGAAGUUCGAUAAAUACUUCAACUGAAGCUCAAAAACACAAUGAGACAGUUAAAAAAACAAUGACAUCAUUGAAUCGUUGUAUAUAUUAUACAAAACCAGGCCACCAAUUAGAAUCAGAGGCGGUGGUUACAACUCCUCCGGGACCUCAAAAACAGGAGGAACCAGUGCAAAAAGCAAUGACGGUAUUGAACCGUUGCAUAGUUUAUACAAAACCAGGACCAGUGUACACAAAGGAAGUCGAAAACCCAAAACCAAUAACGAAAUCCCAACCAUCAUCUUCAUUGGGUCCAGUUCUAGAUAUGAAUUCGAUAAUUUCUGGACCUUCUGUUGAAGCUUUUUUGAAUGAUACAAAUGAUUCAAAAUCAUCUAAGGUGUCUAGUCCUAUAGUGGAUCAAUUAAGAUCAACUAAUUCAGCUGUUGAUGUGAAAAGUAAAAUGCCAGAACAAGUUUCUUCCGAGUCUGAUAUGAAGCCGGUAAAGACCAAAGGUGAAAAAAUCCGAGAUUUCUUUUUGCGAAUAAAAGAGAAAGUUAAACAGCAACAGCAAAAUGGAGAAAUAAUAACGAAUCAGAAUCCAUCAUCGUCAAAGACUCUAAUAACCUCUGAUUCGGAAAUGUGUGAAGCUUUUCCUGAAUCACAAAUUGAAUCACUGAAUGUUACUACCAAGUUGGAUCCUUCAAAAUCAUCUAAAACUAGCAAAUCUUUUGCGGAUCAAAACAAAGUACUCAUGAGUGGUUCAACAUCAUCUGCGAUUGAUGAUGGAAAAGUUCAAAAACCUAUCCUUCAAAAUCCUCCUCAAGCUGAUGGAUGGAGACCAAUUCCUAAUGCCAAAAAAUGCGGAAAAAGGUAUAAAAAGAGAAUGGCCUUUUUGGCUGCAAUGACACCUGAUUUGCCUAUUGCUGAACAAUAUAAAGAACGAUAUAAAAAAAGAAUGAAAGAACCACCAAAAGAAACAGCGAACUGUUCAACGACAAAUACUAAUGUUAAAUUGCAUGAUUUGUUUUCGCGUAUAAAUCCUACAAAAUAUACUGAAACUGAGGAAAAGGGACAAAUUCUUAAUUCAAAAUCACUGACGUGUUCUGAUUCAAUUGUUUCAAAUAAUUCGACUGGUGAACAAAAUAAUAAAAGCAUAAGUGAAUCAACUUCAGCUGCUAUUGAAUAUCUUGACAAAAAAUCUCCGGAUUCUGGACAAGUGCCAAACGCUAAUAACAAACCUAACAAUUGGGAAAAGCCUAUGCCCACUGCUGAAGAAUAUAGAAAACAAACAAACACUUUGAAACAUUCAAAAUUUCCUAAGGCGGAUAUUUUAAGGAGAAAUACUAAUGUUAAGCUCCAGGAUUUGUUUUCGCGUAUAAAUGAUACGAAAAGUACAAAUGAUGCUGAAUUGAUCCCAAAGGCUUGUGUUAGAUAUACUCAAGAAAUUCAAAAUCAUCCAUUAAGGAAAAAGGCGAGAGUAGAAACUGAUACGAAUUCUAAAUGAAACUGAAGAUCUCAACAAAAUGCAAAACUCUAGCAUAGAUAAAACCAAACGAUCAAAAUUAAUAAUUUGUGAAUAUGUCUCAGUGGCAAUGAAAGUAAACAAGACUUUCGAAAAUUGUUGUAUUUAUUUUUUGGCGUUUGAAGUUGUUACUUCAGAGACAAAUGAGAUUGUUCAUCUGCCGCUUAGAUUGUAAAAUUGAAAUUGUUAAUUAUGUAGAUCAUGUUUGUAGUUCUGGCAAGUUGCAAUCUAUAUGAAAUUUGAAAAAAAAAAAUAUAAAACAAAAUUGUGAAGGUUUUCUUUGGUUGAAGUUUAUGUACAUAUAUUAGAUUUCUUUUACAUUUUUGGUAGUAGUUAUUGCUUCAAAAUAACAUCACUUACAAAUCAGUUUAACUUCUGAUAGUCACCACCAAAGAACACCUACAAAAUAUAAAUAUAAAUUUCUAUCAGAGAAAUCCUUGCUCAUUUUUUUUAGAUCAUUUCAGUAGAAACAAAAUAGAUAGAUACCAAUACGCCAUAGUGAACCACUUCCAAAAUUUAAAAAUAUAGUUAAAAUAUAGUUUCUCAUAAAUGUCUUCUUUCAUUUGAUAACUUAUUGUAAAAAUAAAACAUUAUUGUCCUAUAUAAGGUCCAUUGUAAAGGAAUAAUUAUAAUCGAAGUUGGACACUGUGGCGUAUGUGUAACAUUUUUUUGUUGGAACCAUUUUUUUAAAACAUUUAUCGUUUUAAAUCAAGUUGUUCUAUAUUUAUAAAUCCAUGUCAGAAUUCGGUUUGAGGUCCAAUGCGUUUAUUGCGCGAAAUAUUUUUUGUUGAUGCACUACAAAAUU